AUGGCGGUUUCCACAGCUGGCGCCGAAGACUUCAUGGGAAAUGGCAACGGCACUGAGGGCAGCAGGAAAAGCAGCGACAGCACAACGCGGAGCGACUUUGUACCGCUUGUGGCUGUGGUCGAUUUUCACCAUGCCCGGGGCCCCGAGGUCGAGAGGUGGUUCGGCGCCCCGGAGGGCUUUGACCCCGCCGUCGAGUACGAUUGGUCCUUGUUGCCGUUCAUGGCCCUGAGCGACGGUGCGCAUGCCUCAACCGAGGAAUUCUCCUACUUCACCCUCCUCCGCCCGGCCACGGAGGCUUCCCCCGCGACAUCUCUCUUCGGAAUCGCAUGCACGCGUCAGAUGGACUCGUCUCAGUUGAUCAACAGACCAGCAGACGUGACGCGGUCAACGGUACAAAAGGCAGUUGUUGUCAUCGCCGCCCACCCGCGGUCGUUCGGCAUGUUGCGCGAGCGCAUGAGCAUCGUCACUAAGGCUUGGUUCGACCAGCGAGAAUUCACCGACGUCGAUAUUCUCCGUCGUUUCCAAGAGAGCCUUGCUGAGGACAAGAGCAGGGGCAGGCCUGCCUCUGAAGAUGAAGAUAAAGAUACGUACCUAGGUCUUAGCCUGCGGGAAUUGGUCAGAGAGUUCAAAUGGCAAACACUAGUGCUGUUUAAGUGCUGUCUACUGCAGCCCAAGAUGCUUUUCUUUGGAUCUCGUUGCGAGCGACUAUGCAUGAUGCAGUUUUCUCUUAUUUCAUUGAUACCCGGCCUUCUUCGCCACUUACAAGACAGCGCCAGCCCAGAAUUACACAGUUACGAGGACAGGCUAUCGAAACCCACUGGAGUCAAGACCAGCGAUCGCACGUCCCUCUUGGCUUACAUGGGGAUGCCAUUGCAAAUAUUCGGCAAGGGCAGUUUGUUUGGCCCAUAUACACCUUUACAACAAUUGGACAUAUUAGCAGACCAUGGUACCAAAUCCUACAUUGUAGGGAGUACUAAUUCCAUCCUGUUGCAGCAGAAGGAUCGGUACAGUGAUAUACUUAUCGAUCUGGACCACAACUCGGUCAGCAUAACCUCGCCAUCUCUCAAAUCGGCACUCGCCCUUUCCUCGGCAGACAGGCGGUGGAUCGAAUCCGUCGCGGCCGAAGUCAACGACACAUGGGAUGAAGCGAACCCAGGACGCCCUAAGACUAUGGGGUAUCGAGGGAGUGAGGAGUCAAUCAGGCUCCAGUUUGAGGAUUACAUGUUGUCCCUGAUGGCUGCUGUCAAGUGCCGAAAUUGGCAAGCCAAGCACAAGGACAACCCUCGAAUGCAGUUAUCCCACGUUGAGGGGGAUCCUUCGGUCGACUUCAACCCGGACUGGAUCGAGCAUUGGAUGCGAACUGACAACUACCGCAUAUGGAACACAUACACGGACGACUGUCUGUUUGACAUUGCCGAACCCAAACAUCCGUGUGCGAGUGGGCUUAGCCGUCUCGCGCAACAAGUCCAGGAUCUGGGCUUGGACGAGCGCUUUGCCGCUGCCGGUGUUGUCGUUGGUCGUGGCGUCGCUGCAGGCAAGGAGCGAGCGUCAACAAUUCUCAAUAAACUAUAUUCUGACGUCGAGGCCCUGCGGGAAGCUCAACGCAAAAGGGCCGAGCAGCAGCAACAGCAGGCCAAGGAUAACGGAAACGCUACGGCACGAAAUUCUCAGGAUCUAUCCGGUAUCGCACGUGCCAUCGACUUGGGCAAGGCUGCACAACCGGCACAGACCGUAAGUGCUAGGGCUGGCGCGUAUGCCAGCUCAUGGGCCUCAUGGGCCGGCGAGAAGCGUAAGGCGUGGGCGCGAUCCAGCAGCAACACGGCCGCCUCACCCCCUGCAGCCACCACCCCUACGACUGCAACCGGCGGCUGGAGUUUUGUGGGCCGAAGAAGCAGCAAGCGAGACACGACCAGCAGCCUUGCCUCAUCGCGCCUGUCCUAUUCGGACGCAAACUCGGAGACUGAGUUCAAUCUGCGCAGCCCGACGGCUUCAGUAGCCUCGUCUGGCGUCCACGUCGAUGCGCAACCGACGCCCCCGUCUGAUGUUUCAAUACCAACGUCUCCGGCAGCCGAAAAGCGGUCUAUGUUUUCACCGGAAGUGGAUGGCAGCAGCUCCGGGAACCUCAAGGGGCUUGAUGACGGCGCUACACCAGUCCCAUCCACUGCAGUCACUCCCACAACCGAAGCACCAAAGGAAGGAGUAUUGCCGCAGCCUCCUGCCGCAACCUCUGUUCCUAUCUCGACAGCACAGGCUGUCCCCGACAAGGCAGGAGAAGAAGAGGAGUCAAAGACCAGCACCGUCUUUGCCAACAUGGAGACGGAGAAUGUAUGGGCCAACGAUACUCCUCCUUCCUUGCCUAUUAUCAUGCGCAAGCCCUCGCCCGAACCAGAGGCCCCGGCACCCGUCGGCUCCAAGAUCGUCUUGUUGCCCUGA